AUGUAUCUAAGAGUACCUAAAACUGUCCUAGCAGCCCAUUACAAGCCUGUUCAAAACCUCAGCUGGAAUUGCUCGAGCCAAUUUAGCACACAGCUGAGCAGAACCUACAAGAAAAAGCAGGGAAACGAGUCGCUGAAGUUCAUGGUGUGGUUUGCUUGUGCCUCUGGAGGGUUUGAAUUUAUUGUCAUCGUCUGUUUUCUGUACUAUACUCGCCAACCCUCAGGUUCUGGUUACCUUCAGGUUGCAACUGGAUUCAAAAGGUUCACCUAUGCCGAGCUUAAGAAGGCGUCACGUAAUUUCAGUGAAGAGAUUGGUAGAGGUGGUGGCGGGGUUGUAUAUAAGGGUAUAUUGUCUGGCAAUCGAGUCGCAGCAAUCAAGGUUUUGAAAGAAGCAAACCAGGGAGAAGGAGAAUUCCUAGCAGAAGUAAGCACCAUUGGGAGGCUUAGCCACAUGAACUUGAUUGAGACAUGGGGGUACUGUGCUGAGGGAAAGUACAGGCUUAUGGUUUACAGGCACAUGGAUCAUGGGUCAUUGGCAGAAAAUCUAUAUUCCAAUAAACUUGAUUGGGAGAAGAGGCUUGAAAUUGCAAUUGGUACAGCAAAAGGUCUGACUUAUUUGCAUGAAGAGUUGUUGGAAUGGGUCUUACACUGUGAUGUGGAACCUCAGAACAUACGCUUGGACUCUAAUUACAAGCUUAAGGUUGCAGACUUUGGCUUGUCAAAGCUACUGAGAAGAGGUGGCAUUGACAAUUCAAAUUUCUAA